GAGAGAGAGAGAGAGAGAGAGAGAGAGAGAGAUUUUUUCGGAGGACAGAACCGUUAGAUAAUCGCUUUUAUUCUCAAAUCUGACAAAGCGCUUCCAGUUGCCGCCUGUCCCCAACCACCUGCUGGAUCCAAUGUAGACGAUGUGGAAUUAAUACGGAUAGGAGAAAAACACUCCAGAUUAGUUCCCGAAAGUGAACGCGCUGUACCUACUCUGUAGGGACGGACCUGUGUUGCGGGGAGACGAGCAGUUCCCACUGGGCACAGACGUCAAUUCAAAGUAUAGUCCACGUGAAACAACGUCGAUUCAACCAGUGUGUGCCCAGUGGGUUGUGUUUGGAACAACACAAGAGCUCUCGGGGUAGCCUAAACAUGGACAGAUAUCACUACCAUUUCGUUUCGUACUUUGUUUUCGCUCCCGGUCAGUUUUUGAAUAGGCCUACCAUAGUUCGUAAAGUUGUCUGCGUGCAGCGGAGCGCACAUAUGGCUGGUCAAUUUGAAGGAUGUUGACGCGAAAUAAUUCGCCUAUGAUGGAAGUCAAUUCACCAUAAAGUAAGAGAGGAUAAAACGAGUUGUCAGCGACGGUCCGCGGACCUCUUCCUGACCACCUGACCAUACACACAUACACACCGUCCCAAUGCCACCAUGCCCAUCAUCAGCAACGCUAACCAUGACUUCACCAACUACUCGGUCAGCAGUGACAACAGCAGUCUGGACCGCUUCUUCACAGAGUGCCCAGAGACAGAGACAGUCAAGGGAGUGUACUAUCAGAGUGCCCAGCUGCUCCGCAACGACCCCAACGGGGCCUGGCCCUCUGUCGACCACACCCUGCAGGCCUUGAUCAACGUAGGGGGUAACCGCUACACGUUCCCCUGGACCACCCUGGAGCAGUUCCCUCUCACUCGGCUUGGGCGGCUUCGUCUCUGCACCAGCCCCGAGGGCAUCGGCAGGCUCUGUGACGACUACGACGAGACCCAGAGGGAGUACUUUUUCGACCGGAACCCCACAGCGUUCCGGGUCAUCUUGAACUUCCUGGCGGCCGGGAAGCUCCGCCUCCUGCGGGAGCUGUGCGCGGUGUCAUUGCACGAUGAGCUGGACUACUGGGGGGUCGACCCCGCCCACAUGGAACGCUGCUGCCGCCGGCGCAUGUUGACACGUGUCGAGGAGGUGGCGGAGCGUGAGCGUAAGGAGGAGGAGUGGAGACAGAGGAGGAUGAAGCUACAGAGGCUUCCCCUGUUGGCUGAGACGGAGACGGGUUACCGCAGGCUGAUGAGCAGGUUGAGAGAGGUGGUGGAGAACCCCCAGUCUGGCUUGGCAGGGAAGAUGUUCGCCUGCUUCUCUGUGAUCAUGGUAGCUGUGACAGUCAUCAGCCUCUGUAUCAGCACCAUGCCUGAUCUACGCCAAGAGGAGAGCAAGGGCGAGUGUUCCCAGAAGUGUCGUCACAUGUUUGUUGUGGAGACGGUGUGCGUAGCCUGGUUCUCCUUGGAGUUCAUGCUGCGGUUCCUCCAUGCUCGAUCCAAACUAGAAUUUGCCCGCGGGCCCCUGAACAUCAUUGAUGCUGUGGCCAUCCUACCCUACUACAUUUCUCUGGUGGUGGUGGAAAACAACACUCUGGAGGAUGGCAGUGCAGGAGCAGGUAGGGUGUACCUGGACAAGCUGGGUCUGGUCCUGCGGCUGAUGCGUGCGUUGCGUAUCCUGUAUGUGAUGCGGCUGGCGCGCCACUCCCUGGGCCUCCAGACCCUGGGCCUGACCAUGCAACGCAGCACCCAAGAGUUCAGCCUCCUGCUGCUCUUCAUCACCGUCGGCAUGGCCCUCUUCUCUCCCAUGGUGCACCUGGCUGAGAGUGAGCUGGCGCCCAACGCCGCCACCGCGCCCCAGCACAGCUUCAGCAGCAUCCCAGCUUCCUAUUGGUGGGCCAUCAUCUCCAUGACGACCGUGGGCUACGGAGACAUGGUGCCGAGGAGCAUCCCGGGUCAGGUGGUAGCGCUGAGCAGCAUCCUGAGUGGAAUUCUCAUCAUGGCGUUUCCUGCUACUUCCAUCUUCCACAUGUUCUCCAGGAGCUACCAGGAGCUGAAGCUGGAGCACGAGAGGCUGUGGAAGGAGGAGACGGGGGCCGCUCUGGCCGCUGACAACCUGGAGAACAGGAGGGAAAGGGAGGUGGAGAGGGAGGCGGAAGUAGAGAUGAAGGCGGAAGCUGUCGCGGAAACGGACAGCCACUGGCCCAGACGCCUAGACUUUGUGGAGUCUCUGUGCCAGUCCCCAGGCUAUGCUCCCGGCUUGGGGGGGAAAGAGGGAUGAUGGGAGGGAUGACAGAGGGGCAGCAGGCUAUACUCCCGGCUGGGGGAAACAGAGGGAUGAUGGGAGGGAUGACAGAGGAACAGCAGGCUAUACUCCCGGCUGCAGCAUUCUGAUCUGAAGAAGGAUACCAGACCUGAUGCUAAGUCCUACAUUGUAAAAAGUGGGAUGACACUGUUGUUCGUCUGAAUUGCCUUUUCUGAUUGGUAUAAUAGAAAAUUAGGCUUUGGUUCGUUCAACUUGUUCUAUGCUAUUUUUCUGAAAUCAAAUAACACAUUUGAGAGAUCAGUUUUCUUCUUUUUUCGAUCUUGUCUCAUCGCUGCAACUCCCCAACGGGCUCGGGAGAGACGAAGGUGCUUCCUCUGAAACAUGACCCGUCAAACUACGAUUCUUAACACCCCCCCACUUAACCCAGAACUCAGCCGCACCAAUGUGUCAGAGGAAACACCGUUCAACAGAUGUCCAGGGUCAGCCUGCAGGCACCCGGCCCACCACAAGGAGUCGCUAGAGCACGAUGAGCCAAGUAAAGCCCCGCCGGCCAAACCCUCCCCUAACCCGGACGACACUGGGCCAAACUCUCCCCUAACCCGGACGACGCUGGGCCAAUUGUGCACUGUCCUAUGGCCACGACCGGUUGCGACACAGCCCGGUCAGCCUCUAGCACUGCGAUGCAGUGCCUAAGACCACUGCGCCACUUGACCCGUGAUUUUUUUAAUUGAAUGAAAUCGAUAUUCGCAUUAAA